AAAAAAAAAAUUCCAAAAAUUGGCAUUUGAAAUCUAUUAUUCCCCAAUUUGAAAACAUUCAUUGCAAAAUUCUGGUUGCAUUGAAAUUGUAGUUCAUUCGUCGCGUCGUGUAAUGUGAAUCAUAAAAAAUUACCGCGUUCAUUACAAAGUGCCCUUGAAAACCGAAAGUGUCUUAAUUUUGUGUUACCCCAUUUUUGUUUGUUUUGUUUUUUGUUUUUGUUUUUUUCGUCAGUUUCUUUUCUUCGUUUGCCGGCUUAUCUGUUUAGCUAUUCAACAACUUGACACAAUUUUGUGUUGAUAUGAAGUUUACUUCAUUUUGUGAACUUUUAACAACCUAAAUAGCAGCCGUCACAGUUGUCUGGAUGUGUCUGUAAGAAAAAGGAGAGAGAGAGAGAGAGUCAAAAAAAAAAAAAAAAAAGAGUUUUAUGUGAAAUUUUGUCACAAAAUAAUUGGGGUUUUAUGCUGGAUGCCUAAAAGCUAAACAAAAAAAAAAGCCAUAACAACAAUAACGUAAAUCAACGAAAAGUUUGCAAGUCAAACUGUCUGCGAUACAAAUACAACCUGCAGCCAAACAAAAAAAAAACGUUGUCAUUAUCGUCGUCGUCGUCGUCGUCGUCGUCAAGAGACCGAAAUCUCCAAAAGCAAAGUCACCACAUCUCAAUCAUGGAUUCCCCCAAACAAAAUCAACGUCAAAGACAGAUGAAUGAUUACUGGCACAUACCACGAGCCUCACUCUCACCAUCCUCCGCAUCAUCUGCUGUGUCAUCGGCAUCAUCAACCCAACGCAGCCAUAGAUCGGUGAACACAUCAAAGCUGACACCCACACACUAUCGGCAGCCACAACAACAACAACAAACAAUGCCACAAUAUUACGAUGAUCACCCAGUACAAAGACAUCAUCAGAAGAGUAAUCAAGCAGGCGGCGGUGGCAGUAGACGUAAUAGUGAAAUGAGUUCAUAUCAUCAUCAUCAUCAUCACCAUUCUCCUUCUCAUGCACAUGCUGUUAGUGCUGCCGGCACUCACAUAAUUGGCAAUAAGAGAGGUUCGAGGUCCUCCCAGGGCAGUAGUGAUAGUAAUAAUAGUACAAGAAGUGCGGCAUCUGGUUCUUUGCUGUUGACAGCAGCAAAUUUAGAACGCAUGACCGAAAUUCAACGCAAGCAAGAGAAACAACAACAUUCCCGUCACAACAACAACAACAGCAACACACACACAAAUGCUGCUGCUGCUGCACCCAGCUCAGUUUAUAGUGCAAAUUUGUUACAUGCCACCAGCCGAGCUGGUGACCACCAGUAUCAUCAGUAUCAAUUGGCCACUGUUUCGGGCGAAUAUGUUGCAGAUGUGGAUCAACCGGAUAAUGUUGCCGCCGGCAAGGGGAUGGCGGACGGAAAACACACUGCCAUCGACAUUGAUCCCAAUUUGAAUUUUAUUAAAACCAAAGAUUUGGACACUGUGUCCAUAGCAAGCUCAAUGCAUUUCACCAUGGUUAAUGGAGAGGCUGGUGCCAAUAAGAAGACCAAAAAGGGUCUGUGCGAUCGUGGACGCCAAGUGACGGUAUUAAUUAUUAGUAUGAGUACAAUAUUUCUCUUGCUAAUAAUGGGCAUGGUGUACGCGUUGGAAAUGCGGGCCCGUGAAAUGCCUCAAAGUUAACUACAUUUCCACAAAAUUGCUGUAUAAAAGAGUUUACCUCUCCCCCAAAUAGAACAUUUUCAAAAUAACUUCUCCUGUUCAAUGGCAGAGAAGAAGUACAAUUCUCAAGAGAGGCAGUGGAUUCUUAAGAGAGCAAAAAUCAAAAGAAAAACUCUUAAGAGAGAACAAUUUAUAGCUGUUUAUGCAGCUGAUAGUAAAACAAUUAUUAAUUUAUAUUUAUAUAAAAAAUUACAAAAAACAAAAAUUGUUAAUUGAAUAUUCGUAUAUUUUAGUAUUGUAAGUUAUUUAUUUUUCUUAAUUAUAAUACAAUCAUUUUAUGUGUAAUUUUUAUCGAAAGAAAAAAAUCAAUGAAACUCUCACACAUUCAUAGCAUUCUAUGUCAUUUCUCAAUUCGAAGAGUAAAGAAAGAGAAAACAAUGGUAUACAAGAGAUUACAAAAUGUCUCCCUCCUUUUAGCAAAAGACAAGGGAAACGUGAAAUGUUUCUUUUUGUAAGCAUUUUAUUAAAACAUUACACAAGCAAAGAAUUGUGAUCAUCUUUUUUUUUUUGAGAAGGAAAAACAAACAAAUCUAUUAAUCACAAUAAAUAAAAUUAAAACAAUUAUCAUUUAUUCAUAACAUUAAGGCUAACAACAAGAGAUCACACACAUACACACACCUCUCAUUAUGCAGCAUUCAUUAAUACAUAGCUUUUAAGUAUACAAAUAUUUAAUAAUUUUUUAGUUGUAAUAUUAGUUACCAUUUCAUUUAAAAACAAUCUAUCAUAAAAUCAUUAAAUAUCUUUUUUUAUAAAUGUUUUUAUAAUUCGUUUGUGCAAAAUGCGAAAUCAAGAGUCAGAAUUAU